AUGGCGCCCGUCUCCGGCGGUGAUGUUGCUCUGCCUUCCUCUAUAAAGCGGGCCAGUUCCAUCAACGAAGCGGGACUCAGGGGCGACAGCCACACAUACCGAACCAAUUGGGAUGAGCGUCCUUCGCAGGCGAGCUCAGUGGUCGAUCCCCCGGCCUUAACAGGAGCCACUAGCGCGGUGUCCCUGGAAUUCGCCAAAAUCGCUGCUCGUGCCGAUGCGUGGUUGACGGCAUACACGACAGCCUGUAGCGUGUCUGAGCGUGUAAACGUAUUCUUUACCGGUCUGGAGGUGCUUCGUUCCGCUGCAGAUGCGCGCAACGCAGCACAGCGUAACGCACAGCAGGAGAGCGCUGCGCUGCUUCUGGAAUCCAUCGACUCUGCGCUUGCAUCGUUGUCGGGAAUCCUUGAGGUGGCUUCCUCGACGACACGCAGCUACUCGAGGCUUUCCGGGUACAAAGAGCAGCUGGAGCGUUACCGCAGAUUUAUUUGCGGUGCUGGGGAACGAGUUCGCGUUCGAUCUCAUAGUUCCGCAACAACGGAUCAGAUACGUGAUAUUUGCGAGGAGGUGGCGACCAUAUCAAAAAACCUCCAACCUCUUUCUCACCCCGGCGACGCUGACGCUUCCGCCAACGUGUCGUCGCUGUGCGACGCGUACGGGGUUUACAUGAAGCGCAAGAAACAACGUGCAACUCGCGAACGGUGGGCAUUGUUUGUGGGAUCCCGGGACAAGCAUACUUCUCAACAACCAGGUUCCUCGUCGGGCGGUAGCAGCCCGCAGGGAGAAACCGCAUAA